AUGACAACUGCCCGUCGUGUCGCCCAAAUUAUCCAGCUUCAGCCAGGUGCUGUUGAGGCAUACAAAGUAUGCCACGCUAACGUAUGGCCGGAAGUGUUGCAGCAAAUAUAUGAUUGCAACAUCCGUGAUUACUCUAUCUUCUUCGACGGCGAUGCCACCUUAUUCGCAAUCUACAAAUACAUAGGCGACGAUUUCGAGGAGGACAUGAUGAAGAUGAGAGCAAAUCCGAUCGUGAGGAAGUGGUGGAAUAUGACUGAUAGCAUGCAGAAAAGCCUUGUUGAUGGGGCAAUCAACAGCGCAGACGGCCCUGGCUGGUGGAAGGACAUUGAGGAGGUCUUUCACGCCGACUAG